AUGCUUGAUGCAGCGUUGGCAUACAAGUCAGCAAUAAAAGAGCUGACGGGGGAUGACAAUUAUGGAGUGAGCAACUAUGAGCUGACGAGAACAGAGUGGACAGUCCUGGAGAAUCUCUGUGAUGUGUUGAAAGUCCUAAAGGAUGCUACACUCUACUUCUCUCAUUCAACACCCAAUUUAGCAACUGUGAUACCAGCAAUGGAUCACAUUGAUCAAGUCUUCGCAAUGGCAUCAAUUCAAAAUGUGGAUCUAGUGCCACCAAUACGAGCAAGCCUUCUCAUCGCGAAGAAGACUUUGAACUGGUACUACAGUCUGACUGAUGCAUCGGAUCUCUAUCACAUAGCUAUGAUUCUGCAUCCUUGUUAUAAGCUCGACUACUUUGUCGAUGCUAACUGGGAGGCUAGCUGGAUCACAGAUGCAUGCAAGGUCAUACAGGAUGAAUUUGAUCGCAAGUACAAGAAUCUAAUGGACAAUGUCAUCGUUGUGGAGGAUGGUGCCGAAGAUGGUACACAGGUAUGUACUCUCUUCAUAACAUUUUAUGCUAGCUGA